AAUUUUUUUGUGUGUUAAAAAAAACAAAGGUUCAAUUUUUAGAGAUAUAGAGCAUGGUGAGAGCGGUAGUGCAGACAGUAACAUCAAAAUUCAGGGGGGAUGAACUUCGCUUAAUCAAGGUCCACGCCCCACCCUUCUCAUGUGACCUCCAUCAUCAACUUGAUAAUUUGUGGGCCCUAUUUCACAUCCCAAACCCACAAUUCAAAGUCAUGAACUUGCAACAUAACAGAUACACCCAGCCUUUUCCCUUCCAUUCCUUAUAGUCCCCCUUUCACACCCAUGAAUCCUCCUACUUCCAUCCUCAUUUUCAGUUGACCCACACCAUCCCCAACCCUACACUCCCAUAAUUACUUAUUACUUAUUAAGCAACUAGUUAUCACCUCAUUAUUUUAAAUUCUCUCAACUAAGCAUAUUUCUUUUCAAUUUCUUCUUAUUAUAAUAAUAAUAUCAAACUAACUAUCCCUCUCUAUAUAUAAUUCCUUCCUCAAACAACCUAUUCCAACACACAUACACAACUCUCUUCUUAUAGUAAUAUAAAACAAUGGAUGGAGGUAGUUGCAUAGACGAAAGCACCACAACCGAAUCACUUUCCAUAACAAUAUUUCCAUCACCGCCGCCUCCAAACAGCCUAUGCCGCGUCGGCAGUGGCGCCAGCGCAGUUGUUGACUCCGACGGAAGCACCGUUGGAGAAGCCGAGUCACGGAAGCUUCCUUCUUCCAAAUACAAAGGCGUGGUGCCACAACCAAACGGUCGUUGGGGAGCACAGAUUUACGAGAAGCACCAGCGUGUGUGGCUUGGUACCUUUAACCAAGAAGACGAAGCUGCAAAAGUUUACGACGUUGCUGCACAACGGUUCCGUGGAAAGGACGCCGUAACGAACUUCAAACAAUUAUCCGGCGAUGGCAACGACGACAUGGAGGUUGACUUUCUCAACUCGCAUUCAAAGUCGGAAAUUGUCGACAUGUUAAGAAAGCACACAUACAAUGACGAACUUGAACAGAGCAAACCUGAACGCGGAUUCGUUAACAGACGAAUCCGUUGUUCUGGCACUGAUAACUUUACGGGCAGAACGUACAGCGCGUGUGAAAAAGAGGCGCGUGAGGCUCUGUUCGAGAAGGUGGUUACGCCUAGCGACGUUGGGAAGUUAAACAGGUUAGUUAUACCGAAACAGCACGCAGAGAAGCAUUUUCCAUUGCAGAAAGUCGUGGAUUGCGGCGUGGGAAGUGCGUCGGCAGGGAAGGGAGUACUUUUGAAUUUCGAAGAUAUUGAAGGGAAAGUGUGGCGGUUUCGAUACUCAUAUUGGAACAGUAGCCAAAGCUAUGUUCUCACUAAAGGUUGGAGCCGGUUUGUUAAAGAGAAGAAUCUGAAAGCCGGUGAUACGGUUUGUUUUCAACGGUCUAAUGGACCGGAUAAGCAGCUCUUUAUUGACUGGAAAGCAAGAAACAAUGUUAAUGAGGUUGGACCGGUUGUUGAGCCGGUUCAGAUGGUUCGGCUUUUUGGGGUUAAUAUUUUCAAACACCCUGGAUCCAAUGAUAACAGUAAUGGUUUCUGCAAUGGAAAGAGGAGAGAGAUGGAAAUGUUUACUUUUGACUCUUGCAAGAAACCUAAAAUUAUUGGAGCUUUGUAACAUUAUAGGUUAACUUUUUCUUUUUUUAACUUUUUGUAAGCGAUGAAAGAAAUGAAUCUCCAAAACGCGAAGUUGCAAUGGGUGAAUUAGUUGUAUAUUACUUAAUUAGAAGAAGAGAAAAGGAAGAAGGUGAAAGUGUAACAAAACUGUACCAGAAAAAAUGUUUUUAAGGGAGAAGGAUAACUGUUUUAAUUGUA